CUUCUUUAUGAGCGAAGUGCCAAGGACCGAAGACCUGAGUGUCAAUGGAGGUGAUGCGCCACGCUUCCACCUUUCUUCUUCCCUCAUCGUUAGAAACCACCGAUAAUUUCCCGUCGUCGGUGGACGCCCUCAUUAUCCUAAACCAGCGUCUCCCUCGUUUUGCUCCUCUCCUCUGGGAACGCGCGAAGCUGAGGGUUUGCGCGGAUGGAGGGGCAAACAGUGUUUUUGAUGGAAUGCCGGAAUUUUUUCCCGAUGAGGAUCCGUGGGAGGUUAGGCUUAGGUACAAACCAGAUGUAAUUAAUGGUGACAUGGAUUCAAUAAGAGCAGAAGUGAAGGAUUACUAUUCUGAUUUGGGGGUUGAGAUUGUGGACAAAUCUCAUGACCAAGGGUCAACCGACUUACGCAAGUGUGUAACUUUUAUUUGUGGGGGCCCUUCCAUUUUGGAGAAAUCGAAUCUUUGUAUUCUUGUUCUUGGAGCACUUGGGGGAAGAUUCGAUCAUGAAAUUGGUAACAUCAAUGUGCUUCAUCGGUUUUCGAACGUGCGCAUUAUUCUUCUAUCCGAUGAUUGUUUGAUUUUUCUUCUUUCAAAAACUCAUCGUCAUGAGAUCUAUAUCGAGUCAUCCGUGGAAGGUUCGCAAUGUGGUCUGAUACCAAUCGGUGCACCAUCAGCUCGUACCACAACACAUGGUCUUAAAUGGGAUCUUUCUGAAACGGGAAUGCAUUUUGGUGGAUUGGUGAGCACAUCUAAUUCUGUGCGGGAGGAGAAAAUUACAGUUCAAUCUGAUGUAGAUCUCUUGUGGACAAUUAGCCUUCGCAAACCAUGCUGAUGAAUUCCCAUGUGCCCUAUAGAUUUUAAACUUCUAUAAUAACAGGCAAUUUUCUCAACUCAUAUGCAAAUUUAUAUUUUGAAUGAUUGCAUUUGACCAAAUUAUAGAAAGGAGCAUGCAAAUAAAUUGAAUUUGUGGGAGGAGCAUGAAAAAAAAAAAUUUAA